AUCAGCUACCAUUGAGCUAGCACGUGAAGACUCAAAGCUCACUGGACCACGAGCUACACUCAAGGACAGCACGCUUGUGGUCUGACUUUCUCAUCACUCGCCACAACCCCGGCAACAUCGCAAACUCAAGAUGUUGAUAACAGAGUCGUACAAAGAUGUGCCAACCCAGCAUGGCGGCGAUAUGCGUGUCUUCAUCUUCCAUCCUACCAUACCAAACUACCCCAAGGCAAAAUUUCCCGGUGUCGUGGUUUUCUCCGAGAUCUACCAAGUGACGGGCCCAGUGCAGCGCUUCGCCCGUCAGAUUGCUUCUCAUGGCUACAUUGUAGCUGCGCCAUCCAGCUAUCACGAAUUCACUGGCCCAGAGCCAUUGGCCUAUGAUGGACCAGGAACUGAUAAGGGAAACGACUGGAAAGUGGCCAAGAAGGUGUCCGCUUACGAUGAAGAUGCCACGCUCUCGAUCGACAUCCUGGUGGGCUUGGAGACCUGCAAUGGGCGCAUUGGAGCGACCGGCAUGUGCCUUGGUGGUCAUCUUGCCUUCCGUGCUGCAUUCGACAAGCGUGUUCGAGCCGCAGUCUGCUACUUCGCCACUGACAUUCAUUCCAAGACUCUCGGAGAGGGCAAGAACGAUGACUCUUUGGACCGCGUGAAGGACAUCAAGGGUGAACUGGUCAUGAUCUUCGGAAAGCGUGACACGCACGUCCCGCCAGCUGGCCGAGAUCUCAUCCGUAAGACGUUGCACGACGCUGGUGUGGUAUUCUCAUUCUAUGAGCCGGCCUGGGCGCAGCAUGCAUUCAUUCGAGACGAGCUAAGCAAAGGCCGCUACGAUCCGGCGCUUGCGGGCAUAUGCUUCGAGAUGCUGCUUGAGCUGUUCAAUCGAAGCUUGACAGGGGACUUGGGUCCUAUGGUGAGCGAGACUGGUGAAGUUGAGGACGUAUGCUAGACAAAAAGAUGCUCUACUUCUGCGGCGGCAAUGUCUUCGAGAACCUCUGGCUACAUCUCAUGGAAGAGCUUUGAUCUGCGAAAACUAGAGCCCAAGUCUCCUGCAAGCACAAUUCGCUAUGACCAUAGGUAUGAGCCCUCACAGCAAUGCUGAAUCACUCGCUUCGCC